GUCAAAUAUAUCUGGGGAUCAAAGAUUCGAAUAUCCACCAUCGUUUACAUCCUCUGCCACUAUGCACUCCUCGCCAACGUCUUGUAUCUUCUCGCGAUCUCUCAAAUUUGGGGCAUCCACCCAUCGCAUUGUUGGAUUGUUCUAAACAACUACACACAUAGCUGCAACACUUGGUAUAAAAUCAUCGGCGCGUUGAGUGUUCUGGGCCGAGCUGCUAUCAUAUGUCCGGUGAUUCUCCUUCCUCAGUUCCAUUCCACACUUUCAUUCACAGCUCGAGCAUAUGCCGUCUGGGGACGAAAACGCAUGGUAUUUGUCUACCUGGCAAGCGUUGGAAUCAUAUGUGUUGGAUUGGACAUAGCACAUGUCCCUGGCUUGCAAUGCGAAGGUCCAUCCAGUAUACCGAUGUGA